AUGAUGAUUUCCCAAAGUCAUUCGCCGUUCACGGAAGCGGGCGGUUUCGCUGCCGCAGUAACCCUUCUUUUUACGGCGAUGGGAAUGGUGAUACUUUCCAGUCACCUGAUGCCACUAACUGGCACACGAGUAUUGGAACUGAGUAGUAAAAUUCACUUGACGAUGGCCGCUGGCACGUUUCUUCUGCUCCGCUUUGCUCUCAUUGCUCCUUUUGGUAAGCAUUCGGGGCUAAGUACAGUGCGAAUCCGAGUGCCUGCAUUGUUGUCAUGGUCCCUGCAGGAGUGCCCCACCCUUCUGAGCAUCAUUUACUACAUCGUGGUGGAAUAUCCAUGUUAUGUGCAUCAGUGUAACCCUCUGCAGUGGUUACACAUGAUUCUAGAUCGUCCCUCUAUGGAGGUUACGACAACGGUUGCCUCGGCGGCUCCUACACUUCGCUUAGGCCUAUUGUUUUUCGCUGUUCACUACUUCAACCGCAGCGUAUUGUAUCCACUGCGGGUUGCAAACCAUGGGACAUCCGUGCCGUUGCACAUAACGCUGAGUGCUAUGCUGUACUGUGCUCUAAAUGGCCGGCUGCAGUUGCUGGCCAACAUCGAUAGCGUUGACGCGUCUCAAAGACUUGUUGUUGACUCCACAUGGCAAACGAUACUUACUAUUCUCGGUGCUGUCAUUUUCUUUGCUGGAAUGCUUGUAAACGUUACAAGCGAUUGUUAUCUUAUCCGACUAAAGAAGCGGCCUCCGCUAGGCGCAUACAAAAUCCCAUACGGUGGUCUUUUCGUGUUUGUCAGCUGCGCCAACUUCUUCGGGGAGAUUGUGGAGUGGUUUGGCUACGUCGCAGUUGUGUACGGAACAAAUGGAACUGUUGCAGGACUCGCAGCCUUAAGUUUCGCCGCGUAUGUCGUUGCUAAUCUCCUCCCCCGUGCUUACGCUCAUCAUCAGUGGUACAUUCAGCACUUUGGUGCUGAGUACACAGCGCUUCAACGCCGUGCGGUGAUACCAUUCGUGUACUGA